AUGGCAAAGGCGAGUUGGUAUCGAGUGCUGUGGUUCGGUCCCGUACCGUAUUAUACGGAUACGGCAUUUUCGUAUACGGUGCCGUACCGUAUCCGUAUAAACUUUUCAACUCAAAAAUACGGGACCGUAUCCUACGGUCCGUAUCCGUAUAAGGAGAAAUGA